GAUGGUCUUGAGUGAGUUAUAUUCAAUAAUUCAGUCUCAUUGCAGUUUCAUCUUUGACUGCAGUACAAUACUACACAGCCAGCUCGUGGUCAAUGUAACCCCAAAAUGAUGGCUAAUUGUUGAUGGCACCAUUCCAAAAUGCUGUAAAAUUGCACUUUUUAGUAAAUCACAACAGAAGUUAAAAUUGCUCAAUGCGCAUUUGAAUGACAUUAAAUGUUAAGUGAAAGCAGACUAAUAAUAUUGACAGUUUGCAAUGAGACAUGCUUUAUAUUUGUCUACAGAUGACAGUGAAAGUGUAAUAUCCAUCAUGAUAAUGGCAAUUAACAAACCAUUUGUUUUUGUACUUGAUGGUGCAUUUUACUGAAAAGUGUUCAGACUAAAGAACUUAAGAACUCUCAGAAAAUCUGCGCAACAGGUCAGUGUCACAGUUCGACACAUGAUAUUUUUGAGGUACCUGCUUUUUGAUAGCUUGAGAUAUAUACCAUAAGCAGACACGUAAUUUGCUAAGUAACAAAAACACUAGAGAAAUAAUGUACAGAACAUGAUAGUGGAGUGGAUUUUCAUAUGCAUUACACACAUCUUCGCUUUAAACCUGAGGCACUGCCUAAACAACAUUGUUGAAAUGAGCUCAUUUAACGUAAGAGACAGUGUGGCCUGCAGCCAUCCAUGGCUAUAGCUUUACUGCACACAUAUCCUUGUGGCAGAGAUCCCACAGACUACACAUAUAUGGGAUAGAAAACUGCCAGUCCCUGGCAUGCCUGGAUAGUGAACAGAAUCCCAUUUGUGAAUUGCACAUUAUGAAUGCUCCCUAAUCAAAGCCAGACCUGGGCCGGGCUAGUGGAGCGGGAACAUUUUGGCCCGCAGCAAGGUUUUACUGCACAGCCAUGGCGCUUAAAGCAUGAAUGAACUGUGGAAGGGAGUCAGUGGUUUGUGCACAAUGCUUGGUUGUCACUUGCAUGUGAUCAAAUACAGUGAAGAUGUGGGGCGAGGAAACAGCUUUAUUCACUGUAUCAGUGUGAAUGUAAAAUAUACAACCAGCACUGCAUCACACAGCAGACGCCUUUGGUCAUUGCUAUAUGGCAUAUUUUCCUGAAGACACACAUUGCAAAAUUCAAGUUGCCUGAGUUACUUGGACAGUUGUUGAGAAUUUUUUCCUGAGACAGCAGUCUUAGAAUUUUUCAUUAAUGUGUAUUGCCCAUCAGAGGCUAUAGCACAUAAAUCUAAGCAUGGAAAAAAACAAGGAUGUGCAUUCUCAGACAGUCAUCCGUCAUCUCCUGUCACUCGGCUCUGUAUUAAACUUGUUUCCUUGACAAGUUUGACACUUUGGAUAUUUUUCAAAAUAUGAGUUACUGAAACUUCACAAAGGAAGCAUGCCUCACAUUUUUUCCUUCGCGGGGUGGUAAUUUAACGGAUGAAAUGCACUUUGUUGAACAAUAAGUCUUAGCUGAGAUCCCUGUGCUGGCAGGUUCUCACCCAUUCACUCGCUCACUCACUUCCUCACACACACUCACAAGCAUGUCCAAAUAUUUCAGCAAUGAAAUGCAGCAAUUUACAGGGCAUAAUAGCCAAUGACCAUAAAUUCUAAAGCAAGGUCACAUCUGUAAGUCACUGUAGAUAUGGGCAUCUGACAAAUGGGUGAAUAGUAAUGCCAAUUAUGUGGUAUGCUUGGACAUUUCUCUGUCACCUUGUACCAGAGAAGGCAGUAUACAUCAGGAAUGGUGGAGGCAGUUUGGGGGCUUCUGCUUGGCAGGAUGGGCUUUGCAUUUACCCCUGGGGAGCAGUGUGCACCCCUCACCUCACCUCAGUUCUGUGGAUGUGGCCCCGGCUGACCUCCCCUGCCCCCCGCCUUCUCCCCUUUCCUGUAGCAAGUGGCAGGCGGAGACACCAGAGCAUGCCUUCAUCUUCACUCCACAGAAAUCCGAACUCGGGGUGACACUGCGGUGACCAGUGCGACUCAGUCCACUGCAGUAAAAGUAUCUUGUGAAUCUGCCAGGAAGAGGAAGGACCAGCUAUUUGCUGAACUGAUGUUAUUUUUGGUUACCAGCUUUACCCCCAAUGUGGAAUGUCUAAUUGUAUUUGUGGGUUCGUCUAAUCGCAGCAACGGCCUCUGUCAAUUUGGGAGAGUAAUGCAUUUACUGCACCUGAAGAGUAUUCUUCAUGCGCAGCUCAUGUAGAAGGACUCAUGUAGACAUCCAGUUAGCCAGUCACUGGUGUUCACUGAGACAAGAGCAAUCCCAUUAACUGAUACCUUCUCUUCCAGGGUGAUACCAGGGCUUGCGGUGUAUCUGCACCUGCACUACAGGAACACUUUGUCUGAGCGGAAUAAUUCACCUGGCUGCCCCUGCCAGAAUUAAUUUUGAAAAUUCUGCUUGCCAUUGCUGAAACUGAAGAUGUGCUGCUUUGCUCACCUAUUAUGACUAUUUAUGCAGGGGUCAGGUCAGAAUCAGAGCUUCGUUUGCUAGAACUUCCUCUCCAGCAGCAGUGGGACCUUCCAGAAAUACAAGAUCCAGCCCAGACUCCUGUUUAACUAUCUGCGGAAGCACAGUUACUGGAUGGGUUCAUAUCACUCAGAUUGGCCUAUGUGUGUGUGUGGGCGUGUAGUGACUGGAUGAUUUACAGUGUUCCCCAGACUGGCUGUGAUGACAGAAGGUACAUCAUCUGCCUGAUCUGAUACACUAAGGGAUGGUCAGAUGACUUAGAAAAGAUCUAUACAAUAAAUCAACCUUCAUUCAAUAUAGCUCCCAUAUGAAUAACAUUCCUUUGACAGUGCUUUGUACUACACAAUCAAAUAACAUUUUUUUAAAGCCAAUAGACCAACAAGGCCAAGGCCAAAGUAAUAGAAAUAAAACAGUUGUCAACUGAUGCAAACAUGAUGAUUUGAAGAGAACAUUAGAAUAAAUAAUUGAUGAAUCCAAAAUGGAAGCAAAAAUGACAUGAGUCUAUGGGAAUACCAUUUUCCCAAACCACAUAUGAUUAGGAAUGAGUCUGAGUGCCAGGUCCAACCACAUAAAACAUGGCUGAAUUGAACAAAUGGCUCUUAGUUUAGAAGGAAACAAAAGUUUUUGUACUUUUUUUCCUUUUAAAUAAUUAAAUCACUUCUCCAUUCAACAGAAAAUGUCAAAAGGAACUGCAGAUGAGAGAAGGGUAAAAAUUUAGACAAGAUGUGCUGUAUAGACAGUACCAUGGCUAAGUGACCCAACAAAGGUAUGCUUAAAAAUAACAAUGAAAAGAGUUAGGCUUUCCAGUACACAUACUACUACUCAUCCAUUGGUUUGACAACUAAAGCAAAGAAAAUCUAAAAUGAAAGUCCUUAAGGACUAGUAGAGUUGCUUGCUAAAAGCAGCUGCUGAUAUGGGGAGCGUAGCAUGAGAUGGUAGGAUCAGUAUUGAAUAUAGACAUUCAGUUUCCUGCCGCUUUUAAUCUGAACAGGAAGGGUGUCGUGACACCCUGAUUGGACAAAAGAACAAUACUGCUCUCAAUGACUAAUUCACUAAUUAACAUUGUCUCCAAGACACAGAUCAAACAGCUGGUCUGCACAGCCCUACAAUCAACUACUGAGUCAAAGGGAUCUCGCACUGACUGAGCAUGAAUUUGAGAAGUAACAUUGAACUUAGCAAAAAUGAAAUUAUAUGCACUGAAUGAGACUAACUGGCAAACUCCAUAGGAUACGGGUGACUGCUACAGGGUGAACUCACAUGGUGGCCUGUUCUUGGGCCUAGCUCAAGGCCUCAUCCACACCCUUCAUCUCUCUCAGCCAUUUAAGUAAUCCAAGACUGCACUUUCUUCACGCGGAAAGAGAUACUUCGGUUACAUGGAAGAUACCAUGAACUGGCUCCACAUUUAGUACCAAUGGACUACACCAAUGACCCUGACGUCAAACUGCCCUCAGCGCUCAUCGUCAACAUGCCGGAACUGAAGGAGAAUCCCUUCAGGAGCAGAAUUGUGGAGUCCUUUUCUGAGGACGGAGAAGGGAAUCUCAGCUUCAACGACUUUGUUGACAUGUUCUCUGUGCUCAGCGAAAUGGCUCCACGAGAACUUAAGGCCAUCUAUGCUUUCAAGAUAUACGACUUCAAUACAGACAAUUUCAUCUGCAAGGAGGAUCUGGAGAAAACCUUGAACAAGCUGACGAGGGAGGAACUGACGCCAGAGGAGGUGAACUUAGUGUGCGAGAAGGCCAUCGAGGAGGCGGAUCUGGAUGGGGACAGCAAGCUCUCGUUCGCCGACUUUGAAAACAUGAUUUCCAGGGCUCCUGACUUCUUAAGCACCUUCCAUAUACGAAUCUGAGAGGGCUCACAGGAAGGAUAUCCAGGUGCGGGCCAGUCACAUGACGUGACCGGGUCCUCUUGACCUCAGCAGACCGGGACUCCUGCUUUGGCGUGGGCUGAUGGCAGAACCCCACCUCGUCUCUGCGGCAGAAGCUGUCUCUCUCUGAGGAGGGCAGGCGUGCUGUUCCCUGGCCAGCGGACCACGGCAGAGAACAUGACCCCGCCCCCUCACCGCGCCCCUGACCACACCCUGACUACAGCACAGUGCCUGUCUGCGCUCUCCCUCACCUCUGGGCCGCCUCUGAGGUGCAUCCGUGCAAAAACGUAACUCGGCAGUGGCCAAUCGUCACAUGGGCUCGGAUUCCAGAAUCUGUUUUUUUUUUUUUUUGUCUUUUUAAAGAAGGAAGCACAGGCCUUUGUGCCAUUUCACCGUUUUCCACUGAAAAGGAUUUGGGAAAUAAACACACAGAUAAAAUUUGAUGCAUGCUUUUGUUCUCCCCCUGCCCCAAAGGGUUCUUAAAACUGGUUGAGCUACGAUGAGUUAAUGGGAAACACAACCUGUGAUUUCUGACAAGAGAAAGAUGAAACCUGCAUUUUGUGUGUUCUUUAGAAAGAACAGAAGAAAGAAAAAGGAAAGAGUGAUGUGGGCUUUAUGGAUACCUCCUGAACAACACUGUCCCACACCUGGGGGGACAUUUCUGCACAUCUGUGCCUGAACUGUUUGGCUUUUUUUCUUUAGUAUUCACUGCAGCGUGUGUCUGUUGCACAUUGUAGCUGAGAACUGGACACUCCACAUAUGACCAGACAGGACGGCUCGUAAACCCGGUGUGCGCCAAGGAAAACAAAAUGAAGGGGAUAGCAAAAAAAAAGCACAGCACUGGCACCAAGGACACAAAAAAAGAUUUCAUUUCGUUUAACCGCUAUGCAAUCUUUCUCCAUGAAAUGCAUGAAUGCUUCCGUUUCCCUGCUGCAAAUUGCUGUGUCAUUUUAAUUCCAGUAUUGCUAAUACUGUAUACUGGAGCAUGACGACAAUCAUAUCUAACUGUUCUCCAGUUGAAGGAAGGGCUCCCUCAUCUCCACUUCAUUCACUCACCCAAUCAUUCAGAAGUCUCCCAUCUUUAUAUUACGCUUUAAUAAACUUUUUUCCCGUCUUUAACGUUGAGAUGUUACAUAUACAUUGCAGUCCCUAAAUACACCUCUUUUCCAGUAUUUGAUGUGAUAUAGACCAUUUGGCUAAACUUUGAAUAAAUGAGUUUUCUGUUGCUUAUUGACUUAAUGAAUCUACUUUUGAAAGCAA